CAUCAAGUUCUACUUUAAGUACUGAGGAUGAUAAAUCUAUCGAUGGUAACGCGUUAACUAAUUAUCCACCAACACAAUAUGCGCAACCACCAACUACAGAGGAAAUAAAGAAAGAGAGAGAGGAUCCCGUUGGUGCUGCUAAGCUUAAAAGCUUGAAUGUUACAGGCAGAAUUGAUUAUGCAUUGCAG